AUGGCGAACCCGCGAAAAUUCAGCGAGAAGAUCGCGCUCCUGAAGCAAAAGGAAGCCGAAGAAAAGGGCAACUAUGAACGGAUCCUGCGAGAAGUUCGCGCAGUCACACAUCACCCGGGCCAAGGACCGCAAAUGCCGAUGCCAGGUGGUCCGCUGCCCGGAAUGGGCCCGAUGAGGAUGAAUCCGCUGUUGAACCGAGUCCAGGGACAAAAUGGGAUGGGCAUGGGCCCGAGAAAUGCACUUUGGUCUUCCAUGCCGAAUAUUCACUCCGCUGCGCAGAAUGCUCCAAUGCCACAAAUGCCAUAUAAUAAUUAUAACAGCGGCUCUCAGUGCGGCCAAAACUUCGGCCAAAUGAGCUAUCCCCAGCCUCCAAUGAAUGCGCCGGCAAUCUCUGCUCCCCAAGAGCCUCCUCCAGUCAUACCCCCUUCAUAUCCCCAGAAUAGCAGUGGAAUGUUUCUGGAACCACCUGGCAACUGGGGGAUGAGUUCUCAGAACGGCGGUAGCGGACAGAACUACGGACUUUUACGGGCGACUUCUGAUUCUGCUUUGCACCACACGGUGAAUCAGAAAAUCGACCAAGUCAAUCAGGAACGAGGUCAAAAUCAGCUACAGGCUCCUGCGCCCGCUCACUCUCAACCAUCACCUCCUAACCCACCAAUGAACCGCCGACUAAGACCGCCGCAACUCUCAACGCCACAAGGAGCUCCGUGUGGAAGUUUGCCGGAUUUGACGACUCUUACUAUUCCCAAGACAAACUCGAGGCCUUCAAGUGCUAAGGAACCUAAUCGUCGAAUUGACUCGCCUGGCGCGAUGCGUCAGCGAGAUUCCACUGGUUCAACAAAUUCUUCACUCGCCUCGCCCAGAAACCCAAGAAGGCCGCAUCCGUACAAUAACAACCGAAUGAGCUGGAAUAUGCCAGGAUCGUCGCCAGGCUCGCCCGUCUCCGCCUCUUUCAACGCCAAUCAAAGACUUAAUUCAAACUCGCUGCCAUCUUCACCACAGACACGAUCGGAAACGGACUCUUUCGACAGUUUAAUGCAGACAUCGUCAUCGACCAACACACAACAGAACAACCUUCAUACUACUUCGCCGAAUAGCAAUAACAAACUCUCGCAGCCGGAGAAUCAGCAUCAUUAUCAGGGUCCUACUUCACCAGUUCCUAAUAUUGUGUUCACCCCUUCCAAUGACAAUGAAUCUGUCCCCUUUGGCAUGGAGCAGCGCCACCCGUUGCAAAUGAACAAUUACGGCGUCCCCUCUUCCUCCGCCUCAGUAGCUGGCGGCUACGAUUUGCCGCGGCUCGGUUCGCUGAACAACGAGUUCAACACUCCCCAAUUCCCCAAUUCUAGUCAACCAACAGCGCUGCCAAGCACAAACACAACGCACGACUUCCUCAACGAAAACUUCCUCAACGAACUGACUUCAGCGUCAUCACAACCCCUUGACAUUCCGCUCAUACCGCCAACGCAACACCAGUUAGACUUGAUGCAGAAUGGCAACGGGAAAAGUUCUCAAAGCCUGUCUUCCAUCCUAAACGAUAUGAACUGA